AUGACUGGUUUUGGUUCUCCCUGUGGAGCCUGCAAAUUCUUGAGAAGAAAAUGCAUUAAUGGCUGUAUAUUUGCACCUUAUUUCUGCCAUGAACAGGGAGCAACUCAUUUUGCAGCCAUUCAUAAGGUUUUUGGGGCAAGCAAUGUGUCGAAGCUUCUUGCUCACCUGCCGGUGACUGACCGCUGUGAGGCUGCGGUGACCAUCUCCUACGAAGCUCAAGCAAGGCUUCAAGAUCCCAUCUAUGGCUGCGUUUCUCAUAUAUUUGCUCUUCAACAACAGGUGGUUAACUUACAAGCACAGUUGGCUACCCUGAAGGAAUUACAAUUAGCCUCGUCUCAAAGAAGUCAAAGCUUCAACAAUGGAUCCGGAACAGUAAACCCUAAUAAUGGAAAAUUCAGUGGAAAAGUUGAAUCUUGGGACGAUGAUCAUGAUUAUGGUUGGUUUGAAAUGGAAAGUCCAAAGUUGAGCAGUAAUUAUAGUACUAGUGCAGCUGGGACAGCUAUGGCGUACAACGAUAAAAAUGGGGUACUGAUUAUAAAUCCAAACCCUAAUUCAUCAGGGAAUCAUUAUAAUAAAGUUGACCAAAUUAUCCCAGAUAAUCAUCAUGAGAAUAUCUGUUAUGGAAGCUUUGAAGAGACUAAUAAUUCCUUUUCGAUGUCUUCUUUUGAAUCAAUAAUGCAACCAAAUUACUAUUACAGGCCAUGGGGGGCUUUUCAGGAAUAUUCCGAUGAGCUUCAAUCAAUGGUCCAGAAUUCAUGA